AUGGUGGUAGAUGGCAUUGAUGUGGCUCAGAACAAAGAGAUGAUGGACAUUGCAGGAGACAUUGCGGUGGUCGCCGAGGAGAAGCGACGGAGGGGUACUAGCCGAAGCAUAUGGUUCAUAGUAUGA